CGCGGCCGGACCAGGACAAGGACCCGCCCGGACCGCAGCCAUGCGGGAAAUCGUGCACAUCCAAGCCGGACAGUGCGGGAACCAGAUCGGCACCAAGUUUUGGGAAGUUAUCAGCGAUGAGCACGGCAUCGACCCAGCCGGAGGCUACGUGGGUGACUCGGCGCUGCAGCUGGAGAGGAUCAAUGUCUACUACAAUGAGUCAUCCUCCCAGAAAUAUGUGCCCAGAGCCAUCUUGGUGGAUUUGGAGCCGGGAACCAUGGACAGCGUGAGGUCUGGUCCCUUUGGUCAGCUCUUUCGGCCUGACAAUUUCAUCUUUGGACAAACGGGAGCGGGAAAUAACUGGGCCAAGGGACAUUACACCGAAGGCGCCGAGCUGGUCGAUUCGGUGCUCGAUGUCGUCAGAAAGGAGUGCGAACACUGUGACUGCCUGCAAGGCUUUCAGCUCACCCACUCCCUGGGAGGAGGAACGGGGUCCGGGAUGGGAACGUUGCUCAUCAGCAAAAUCCGAGAAGAGUAUCCCGACAGAAUCAUGAACACCUUUAGCGUCAUGCCUUCGCCCAAGGUCUCGGACACCGUGGUGGAGCCUUACAACGCCACCCUGUCCGUCCACCAGCUGGUGGAAAACACAGACGAGACUUACUGCAUCGAUAACGAGGCUCUGUAUGACAUCUGCUUCCGCACCCUGAAGCUUACCACCCCCACCUACGGCGACCUGAACCACCUGGUGUCGGCCACGAUGAGCGGAGUGACGACUUCGCUGAGGUUCCCAGGCCAGCUCAACGCCGACCUGCGCAAGCUGGCCGUCAACAUGGUCCCCUUCCCCCGCCUCCACUUCUUCAUGCCGGGCUUCGCCCCUUUGACGGCCAGAGGCAGCCAGCAGUACCGGGCCCUCACGGUGCCCGAGCUCACCCAGCAGAUGUUCGACGCCAAGAACAUGAUGGCGGCCUGCGACCCUCGGCACGGACGUUACCUGACCGUGGCCACUGUCUUCCGGGGCCCGAUGUCCAUGAAGGAGGUGGACGAGCAGAUGCUGGCCAUCCAGAACAAGAACAGCAGCUACUUCGUCGAGUGGAUCCCCAACAACGUCAAGGUGGCCGUCUGCGACAUCCCACCCCGGGGCCUUAAGAUGGCGUCCACCUUCAUCGGCAACAGCACGGCCAUCCAAGAGCUUUUCAAGCGCAUCUCUGAGCAGUUCUCGGCCAUGUUCAGGCGGAAGGCCUUUCUCCACUGGUUCACGGGAGAGGGGAUGGACGAGAUGGAAUUCACAGAGGCAGAGAGCAACAUGAAUGACCUGGUUUCAGAGUAUCAGCAGUACCAAGAAGCUACCGCCAAUGACGGAGAGGAAACGUUUGAAGACGACGAGGAAGAGCUCGAUGAGUAGAGAAAUCCCCUCGGUCCUCCGAUUAGAUUGAAUUAGAGAAAUGGCUUACAGUAUACAACCCCUCUCUUCCUGGGGCAGUUUGUAAGUACUUUUCUAACCCUGUAGAAGAGUAGCUCACAAGGAAGAUAGUUGGAAAGGAUUUGCUCUUUUCACCCUAUUGUGACUAAGGAAAAAAAAAACACCCUUUGUGGUUGCACAGUGCUGAACACCUAAUACCGAACUUUGGAACUAAAUCUGUUCGUAAUAAAAAGGGAAAAUGGUUACUCUUCA